GAGACGCCGCGCCGGGCCCCGUUCCCGAAUGUUGACAGCGCUUCCUCUCUCCCCCCCCCCCGCCAGCCCUGCGCGCGCUCACCUCCCUGUUGCACGUGACCUGGUUUCGCUUCUGCAAGGGGCGGCGGCGUUCGGCAGGCAGGACCCGAGGGCGGCUUCCCCUCUUCCUCCCGCUUCUCCCCGGGCGCGGCGCGGGUGACGGUGGCGAUGGGCCCGGCCGCGCUCUUGCUGCUGCUUCCCGGCGCUCUGCUGGGCCUGUGCUCCGUAGGGAGCGGCUGGGAGGAAAGUGCCUCGGGAGGCCGGCGCCGCCCUCUGUCGUGGGAGCUGCUGGAGGCGGCGGACCUGGCGUCGCUGGGCUCGGGGCUCGCGGGGGACCUGCUGGACGCGCAGCUGGAGCCGGAGUGCCGGGAGCUCUUGGCUGCCUUCGCCAACAGCAGCGCCACGCUGACGGGCUGCCUUGCGCGGAGCGCUCGGCCUGUAAGGCUCUGCCAGAACUGCUACCGCCAGUUCCGGGACGCCACGGAGCAGUACGAGAACAUCGCCCGGGUCGUCGGGGUGCGUUUUCCUUCGCGUGCCUUUCGCGAGCGCCUGCUGCAGAAAGACGGGGCAGGGCUGGGGCAGGUGGGCGCGGGGACGGAGCUUCCAGGGUCUCCUAGUGUGUCUUGCGCUUCUGAUAAACCAACUAAAAACCCUCUGUGGCGUCUCAAAAAGAGCCCAUGGGAGAUUUUGCCAUAAAACGCUUUAGCUUUUUUGUUUUUGCUGUUACGACAAACGUGGUUUCCCCUCUGGGAAAGAGUGUUUCUGAUGGGUUGCAAUAAGGAGUUCCUCUUGCUUUCUGUGAAGCUGUAGGCUUAUUGGAAACUUAUUUGUCUUUGGCCAAACAAAAAACAACUAACCAACAGCAACCCAUACUGUAGUUCCCAGAAUGAAAGUUCUCCCAGACGGUAACAGUGGGGAAGUAUUCUGGCAGUGGGAUCCUAAGCAUGUCUUUCUGGAGUAAGUUUUAACUGAAUUCGGUGGCCCAUACAAGUUGACUUAAGAUUGAAGGCUUAGCUGGGGCCUCCUCCCUGGUUGCUGUGGGAUGAAACCAGAGGCCUGCUUUUUACAGGGACUAUGAAGUGAGAACAGUAGCAGCUUGUUCUUCUACCUUGAAAGGUUAAAAGUGGAGGAGGGAAGGUCUCCGGUUUGCAAACUGAUAUGUUUACCUAUAUCCUUACACUCAUUUUUGCUCAUGCUGAUACAUGGUGCCUGAUGGAGUUAAAAGGUAUACCAGUUGCAGCUUAGUGGACUAGCUGGAUUUGACAACUAGCUGGGCAAGACAGACUGAAUACAAACACAAAAUUAAGGCACACAUGAGCAAGCUAUGUGUUUGCAGCUUUCCUUUUUCACAGAAAAUCUGAGGCAGGCCUGCACCACUUGUGUCCCACCCAAGCUAAGUACUUCUCCUCAACCAUAUAUUGUGGCCUGUUGAAUGCUUCACAUUCUCUGUUUUAGCAGCCCCAGGCAAGCACAAAAACAGGAGAGCUAUUGAAUCCUUGGUGGGGCAUCAUAGAUGACCAUUGAGCUAUAUUCAGUUUGGUGGGACACAAGUUAUGCAGGAUCUGAAAUAAGAGUCAAGAACAAUCUAUUGAAAACUUGUCUGUAUCUGGAAAAUGUUUGUAGUUUUGUUAGCCUCUUCUAUAUAUUGUCUGUGAAGAGACCAGUCACUACUUUGGCUCAGCAGCCACUUGAAAGGAAACAAGAAGUGGCCUGUAAUAGCUGGAAAAGAAGUAUAGGUCUGACUAAUUCUGUCAUUGAAUUUCAGUCAGUCACAUGUGGGAAAAAUCACUUCACUGGGGAGAAGAACACAUGGAAAAUAUUGAUUUGGGAUUGAGUACUUGUGUGUGCAUUCUGCAACUUCUGCUGUUGGAAAUCUGCCUUAGAGGGUAUGACCUCUUCCACAGUGGAAGGGCAACUCUUCCUCUUCAAAGUAAAUAUAGGUUCUUGCUCUUGACUUGUGGAUGAGGCAAGAUUGGAUCACAGCUAACUGUAAGGCCACAUUUUACAUUUCCUUACAGUAAGAAAAGUGUAAUUCUUGGAGGACUUUACCUCUGCAGGAUGUUUGCUUUUGUUUUAUUUACUAAAUAUAUACCUCAUUCAUCAACUAUAAGAAUUCCUAGAGCAGCUAACAAGUUAAAAUCAUGAAGUAUUUAUGUAUAGUGGUACCUUGGUACUCGAACGGUUUGGCUUCCGAAUGCCACAAACCCGGAAGUAAGUGUUCCGGUUUCCAAGUUUUUUUGGAAGCUGAAAGUCCCCCACUGCUUCAGAUUGAGCACAGAAAGCUUCUGCUGCCAAUCAGAAGCCGCGCUUGGUUUUUGAAUGGUUUUGGGAGUCGAACGGACUCCCAGAAUGGAUUAAGUUUGAGGACCAAGGUACCACUGUAUGUUGAUACGGUGGUACCUCGGGUUGCAAACACCUCAAGUUACAAACACCUCGGGUUACAGACUCCACUAACCCGGAAGUAGUACCUUGGGUUAAGAACUUUACCUCAGGGUGAGAACAGAAAUUGUGCGGCGGCGGCAGCGGGAGGCCCCAUUAGCUAAAGUGGUACCUCAGGUUAAGAACAGUUUCAGGUUAAUAACGGACCCCCGGAACGAAUUAAGUUCAGAACCAGAGGUACCACUGUACUUUGGCUUUAAGUUUGUAGGGUUUUAAAAGCGGAUUAGACACACUGAUGGGGGAUAAGAAUAUGAGUUACUACUAGCCAUGAUAGUUGUGUUUUCCUUCUACUGCUGGAGGCAGCAUACCUCCAAAUGCCAGUUGCUGGGAAUCACCAGUGUGGAGAGUACAGUGGUACCUUGGGUUAAGUACUUAAUUCGUUACAGAGGUCCGUUCUUAACCUGAAACUGUUCUUAACCUGAAGCACCACUUUAGCUAAUGGGGCCUCCCGCUGCUGCCACGCCGCCAGAGCACGAUUUCUGUUCUCAUCCUGAAGCAAAGUUCUUAACCUGAAGCACUAUUUCUGGGUUAGCGGAGUCUGUAACCUGAAGCAUAUGUAACCUGAAGCGUAUGUAACCUGAGGUACCACUGUAGCAUGCUCAGGUCCUACUUUGGGGCUUCCCAUGAGCAUCUGGUUGGCCGCUGUGAGAACAGGAUGCUGGACCAGAUGGGUCAUUGGCCUGAUCUGGCAGGCCCUUCUAAUGUUUUUGUAAAAAUAAAUUAAAAUCUGCAAUGAAAAAGAACAAUAAAAAAAUUAAUAGCAAAAGUUCCCUCAGAAUAGCCAUAAAAGCUCAUUUAGCUGCUUAAAGAGAAAUAACUUCUCUUUAUUAGCUACGAUUAUUUUAUCAUUAUCAACAGUCAUCUACAGUAGGAUGUCCCACCAAGGAUUCAAUUGUUUUUGGUGCUGUCUUGUACUGCCAGACCAGAAUGUGAAGUACCUGUCAGACCACAGUUUAUGGUUGAUGAUCUGUAUGCAGCUUGGGUGGACCACAAGUUGUGCAGGCCUGCCUCAACCUGAAAAAAUAAAAAUGUUUUCAUUUGCCAUCUAAAUUACAGUGGGUGCCUGAUGAGUUUUCUUGGGGAGGACACUGAAGCAGUCAUUGAAAAGGUGCUCUCUCUGGUUCCUAGGUGCUUAUUAUAACAGUGUCCAGGCAGACCAUUGUGGGAGAAUGUUGUCUAGCUAAUGCAGAUGCUAGUAGGGGGUUCACCCUUUUGAUUAUUGCCCUGAUCGAGAAAACUCAGCCUAUGGAAAUUUCAGGUUUAGCCAUCUGAAAUAAUCUUUUCCACUCUGAGCAAUUUGAACCUGGAAAGUUGUAAAUAAAAUUAACUUAUGCCCUGCCUUUUGGCAAGUUCCCUCAAUGUCACUUACAAAGCAAAUCCAUAUAAAACAUAAUAAUUAACAUAUAAAAUAAAACAACCCAUACAAACCCAUAAAAAGAACAACAAAAUGGCAAAUGAACAGCAUGAUUAAGAAUAUUAAGCAGGAACAACCAAAGAUGGGAAAUGGAAUUGCUGUGAGUGACAGAUCACAAAUAUGAGCUGAUACGGACAGACCCUUAAGCUGAGGUCCUCAAACUUUUUAAACUGCUGCCAAGUAGGUGUAAUGGACCAAAACUAACAAGAUUAAAUCAGUCUAAGCCUAGCACUCCAACUUUGCUGGUUUCUGGAUUGUAAUGUAAGCUAAAGUCAGUGGUUUAAGUUUCCCUUUUUCUGCUUGUGCACUGUUUGUAGGGCCUUCGUGGAGGGCCUGUCUCUCAGUGGUGGAGCAUAGGUACUGGCUUUAGAAGAUCCCAGGUUCAGUUCGUAGUUGAAAGAAUCUCAGGCAACAGGUUUGGGGGAAAUCUUUGCCUGAGACAUUGAGGAGGUGGUGCCAGCAAAGGCAACAUAGGGCUAGACAGAUCUGGGUUGGUAUAAGGCAGAUUCCAGAGUUCUCCUUAGAAUAUACUUAAGACUGAUUUGGGCAGCUUAUAGUCAAAACAGCAUUCUAGCUCAGUCUCCCCCAUCCCAGUACUCUACAGAUGUUUUGGACUAUAAAUCCCAUCAGUCCCAGCCCAGCGGUCAAGAAUGGUGGGAAUUGUGAUCCAGAACAUCUGGGGAGCACCCAGCUGGGGUAAGCUGUUCGUGUUUCUUCCUUUCUUUUGCUGUCCUGUUUUUCUUGUCCCAUAAUUAAAGUAUUAUAUGGAGUAUUUCUCCUUGCCUGCAAGAGGCAGGUUGGCUCCCUUUUUUGAGUCAUCUUCAGUUAUUUCCUCUGUGUACACUUUGGAGGAGUUGCUUGUUAAGAUACCAUGGUCCGAAUGACUAUAAUACACACACACACACACACACACACACACGUAUACGUAUAUGUAUAUGCAUAUGUAUAUGUAUAUAUGAAUGUAUAACAAUCUCUCUUUGUCCCUUUCAGAAUGUUACCAAGAGUAACCCUUGUGCCAAAAGUCUCUUGAUGUCGGAUAGACUGCAGAUAGUUGUGGUCCUGGAUAAGUUUUUUAAUGACACAUGGCAAAAAGCAAACUGUGCAAGUAUGUACUCUGUCUACUUUAUUGCUGAAUAUCUGCGUUGUGCAUAUUUACCUGAUUUCUUAUUUUCAAGCUACCUGUCCUGGGAGUAACCAAGUCCUUAAUAAUAUGCAAUGAAGAGAGAGUAACUCCCUAUCCAUAUAAUGGUCCCACUCCCAAUUGUCCCCAGUCCAACAUUUUGGGCUAGGGAAAGGGAGGACCACCUACUUGGCAACGGUGUUAAAAAUCUGCAAGCAGAGAUGCUAUUUGUCUUGUAACUUAAAGGAGAACAGUGAUGAUUGGGUGUUCCUAAAUCAUCCACAUCUGAGAACAUCCUUAGACUACCUGUGAAUUUGAGCAUCGGUAUGAAAAUAAAAUGUAUGGAUAAGAAAAGAAAAGCAGAAAUGAGCAAGAUCUCAAAUAUGAAUAUCCCUUAGCCAAAAACAACCUUCUGGAAGCAGUUGCUGGGAUAUAUUGACAUUUGUCUUCUUUCACAGGUUGUUUAAAGAACAACAGUGAAGGCUUAUCGAAUAGUACAGAGAUGUUCCUGGCCUUAUUCAAUGAAUCAUUGGCAUGCUUUGAACACAACCUCCAGGUAUCAGUACCUGUUUAUGUAAGGGUACAGUUGAGCCCUCUAAUUGUGUAGUAAAAAUGUUUUUGGUGGGCUUUUUUUUUUCAGAGCAAAAUGCGGCGAAUGUAAUUCUCAAACUCUUAUGCAGUUUAGGCAGGUAGAACAAUUAUCUAUAAAACGCAGGUGUUCACAACUGGGAGAACAAAAUGCAUUCUAAUUAAUGUUCACCUCCAUUUCAUAUGCAAUUAUGGCGCUGUUUUGGUCUCACAAUAGUUGGUAAUUAUAUAGGAAGAGUCGUGUAAUCUCUGCAUAUAGUAAAUCACUUUCUUUCCUUAUUCUGGGCCUUGUCACCUCUUGAUUUAACUAUAUGGGUUUUCUGUUGUUUUGUUAUAGUAUGAGUUUAUCCAUAGCUGAAUACAUUUAACUGAAUGCAUUUUUGAAAGUUGGGUUUUAACAUGUCUGCAAAUGAGUCGUGAAAUCUUUCUAAUCUGGUAUCAUUGGGAUGUUGCAAUGGCUGCCUUCUAGAAAAUGAUCCACCUUAAGUUCAGUGCAAUUGUGCAGCCAGGUUUAGGGUUUUAUAUUGGUUUUCCACCCUAAGCUUUAAUUUAGAUCAGCACAAAAUAAAUAAAUAGCGUAAUUGAUAGCAAUGGAGCUGUUUACAUGAUAGUAAAAUUAAGGCCACAAGACUAAAAUGCUUUUAUUGGCUUUCAAUUAGGUGUUGUUCAACACUAGUCAUACUCAAGAACAGACGCAUUGAAAUUGGUUAACUUAAGUCCAUUGAUUUCAGUAGGUCUGUUUUGAGUAUGGCUAACAUUGGAUAGCAUUCUAGGCAAUUAAUGUGGAAUUGCCAUGGUUCCUCCACUCAUGGGGCACCCACACAAUCCCAUUAUCCAAUCAUUUCCCUGUAUUUUCCAUGUGGUCCUUUUUUUUUUUACCCUUUGAGGAGCUGACCUCCAAGUCAUGCAACAGUGCUUUGCAAAGGCUGUUCCAUUUCAAAAGUGUUUUGCCAUGCACCUUGUGGAGGAGAGGUGUUGGAGAAUUGCUUCCCCAAAAUCUCUUUAGGUGUGCAGAGCAUAGUACUUUAGACAUUUGGCAUGAAAGAAUGUAUACCUGGAGUAUGGCCGCUUUAGGAUUGCAAUGAUUAGCAAAGCUCCAAUUUAAGAUUUCAAAUACAUGUCAUUAUUUCAACUGACAGCUACAUCUUACUGCUAAACUCUUGUUUGAAAUAAGUUCCCUUUGCUUUCUUUAGAAAGCACUGCCAGAUAAGUGUGCUUAGUGCCUUAUGCCUUCAUAAUGUUGGUUGCCUGCUCAAGAUUGUGUGUGUUUAUAAGAUCCUGGUAGCUACUCUUUGUCUACAAUCACAUUCUCACUGAUGGAAAAUGUAGAGAGUUUCCAGUGCAUGCCUGUCUGUCUCUUUUCUCUUCUUUUUUUAUCGAUGAUCCAAGUAUCAAAUGUUAAAAUGUGCUGUUGUGAUGGGUUCUGCGAUACCAAAACAAGCCACCUAUUGUUGAUGUACAGUCAUUAGCGUAACUGCUUUGCAUUUAUGUUGGAAUAGUCAGUAGCUAUUGAAUAAUGAGCGUUGUCAGCGGGUGGUAAAUGAAAAGAAUAGCACAAGUUGGACAAAAAUGGAUAAACUGACAGCUUGAAAACAUACAAAUGAAGUUCACCCAGAGCCUUGCAAAUAAGCCUCUAUUUAGUGCAUUUUGAAGUACAACAUGUCUCCUUCGUCUGCCUUUUCUGCCUAGCUUUGUCUUAACUUAACUGUUUCCCUCAUUUAAGCUGACUCAUCAUUUUCUCUUUGGACACCAUCAUAUGACAAAUGUUUUUGUUUUGUGAGCCACCCAGACAGCUUAUAUACAGUAGCCACCACAAAACAUACAUUCACUUAAUGAAUAAACAAUAUUGGAAGGAUUUGACUUUCACAGAUCCUUGCCUUUGAUAUUAAUGGGAUCUGGUUGGCCUUGCAGGAUCGCCAAAUUAAAGAGUUAAACAAACCCACCCAGACAGCUAAAGCUUUAUUUUCAUCUCCCUUCUGGUUUUAUGAAUGGACAUGGCAGAGAAAGACUGGUUUUGGUGUAAUCUGGGAAGCCUUUAUCUGAAAACCUGAGCCAGUUUUCAUUUAUUUUUUUUCGAUUUGUGUGAUGCUUAAGAAUCUGCUGGAUUCCAUAUCCAUCUUUUGUAACACUUAAUUUCCUGGUUGAAUCUAUAGCGGCAGGAGGACAACGCACCACCAGGUAACUACACAGAAGUAUGCAAGAAGUGCAAUGUCACGUAUGAAAAGUUAAAUGCCAUGUACAACGCGAUGCAGGAGAGUGAGAAGAAAGGUGAAUCUGAAGAGCAGGCCCAUUUGUGCAUUGAUGUGGAAGAUGCAGUAAGUUUUCCUUCCCUUCAUUUCAUGUUACGCGCCCCCUACUCCUUCAUAUUGCCCACUGUCCUUUCUGUAAUGUUUUAAAAUGUAAAAAUUUAAGGUUUUAUUGCCUUUCAAUCUCAAUUUGGUUUGUUAAUAACUGCAAUAGAGCGUUCCUAGCCUCCGAUCAGCACUGCUGGAAGGGGAUGGGAUGAGGCAGAGCACAUGCUGCCGCUCGUGGCUGCGUCCACACAAAUGCGGAUGAUUCUCCCUGAUGACUUAAGACCUGGAGUUUCCUUCUUUCUAGAUGAAUAUUACGCGAAGGCUUUGGAGCAUGACUUUCAACUGCUCCGUCCCCUGCAGUGAUACAGUGCCAGUGAUUGCAGUUUCGUCCUUCAUUCUCUUUUUGCCAGUUGUUUUCUACCUCAGCAGCUUCCUUCACUCGAAGCAGAAAAAACGUAUCCUGUUUCUGCGUAAGUAAAAUCAAUUCAUUAAUUUAUUUUUUUUAAAAAGGAAUCAGUGGUGAUGAAAAGAUCGCCUGCAAGUUGCAUUUUUGUAACAAGGCUGCACCCACAGCACAUGCAGUGCAGCCAUUCCAGCCAGAUGUGAAUAAUUAGGACCUGAAGUUGUAGCCAACUAACUAUUGUUUUGAGUAGACUCGUUGAAAUUAACAUUCACGACUAGCUCAAGUCCAUUAAUUUCAAUGGAUCUACUCUUGAGUAAGACGUAGUUGAAAACAAACCAGUGUCUCUGCCCUUCUGGCAUCCUGGUGUGCCCCUGGGUGACUUAGAAAACCAACCAAGACACCAGUGAAGGAGUGUGGGUGGAAGUGGAGGUGCAUUGAACCAAGCAAGCUCCUUAGGAUCUGGCUGCCUUUCUUUCUUGCCAGAAGGCUGGUGUGAGCAGUGAGAGUUUGCAUCGACCCCUCUGAGCCAAAGCACCGGGGUGGAAUUCAGCAUAACACUAAGUGUGUGCACAGAAUGAGGUCCAUGGUGCAUUGAGAUUGUUCAGCUUUCUUCUUCCCACAUGCAUACCCCCUAAAUAAUAAUAAUAAUAACAAUAAUAAUAAUAAUAAUUUAUUUUUUAUACCCCACCCAUCUGGCUGGGUCCCCCCAGCCACUCUGGGCGGCUGCCAACAAAACACUAAAAUACAAUAAACCUAUUCUGCAUUUCUCCCGUUCUUCAGAGCAGAUUUAGGGGGGCAUGCAUGGGUUUGCAGGGUGGGGGUUGGAGUCCUGUUGCACAAGCAGACAUCCUUCCAUGCAGGCAACAACUUAGUUGAAUCCCACCCUUGGACUUCAGUGGCUGGCCAGAUGGUAGUAGCCAAUGGCUGAUAAUGAAGCAAGCCCCUCUUGUUUUUUAUAAGGCAGCGGAUGGUAUGGUUCAGGAGCUUAAUGCCUGCAGGUCAUGGUUGCACCAGGGGAUAUGCCGUCUGAGGCCAUAGUAGGUGGCUUUGGCUAGGUUGACUACACACUAACAAAAUUUGCUGCAGCCUUUGAGUCAUAUUCAUUGAGACAUUUUUGGGCACAGUGACCUAAUUUUCAUAAAUGUCACCAGACUGGAAUCUUGUCUAGUUGGGUUAACUUGUUUCCCAAAAUCAGAUCCAGUCAACUGAUCAGCAUGUAGAAGGUGUAUUUUGAAAACCCGUUGCAUAAAUGCACCCCAGUACUGUUCUACUUAACUCCGUGACCUCAGAGUCAAAGCAGAUCCCAAUGUAGAUCUUUAUUCCUCUCAUGUUCUAGAUCUUCACCCAUCCCUUCUUCCCUGUGGGGGAGUGGGGCGCCAUUUUGUGGUUUGCCUCAGGUGCUGAAAUGUCUUAGGCCAGCCCUGCUUAGAAGGAUCUUGCUUGUGGGAACUGUUUGGUAGUGUCUGCUGGCUUGGAUCUCAUAUGUGAAUAUUUUAUGUUGAGAUGUGGGAUUUAAAACACUCUCCUUCGUUUUCUAGCCAAGCGGAUCCAGUCAAAUGCCAAUUUUGUGAACAUACAAGACAAAUGCAACUGAACCUGCAGAAUGCAGACUAGGAUGAAAUAUUUAUAUACUGAUCUGAAAGCGAUUCAUUCUGGUUUAGGCUUGUGCUGUGAGGUAACAAAGAAAACAACAUGCAACUCUCGGAUGGGUCCAUUAAUUGAAAACGUUGGCGUAACACUGUAUGAUCUUCCUGCUAGAAACAGAUGUAUUUCCAGCUCCAUAUCUGCACUUGUGCUUUUGAGUCAUUUGCUUUCUGAUGGGUAGCUUUGGAACACAUUCCUGUCCUUCACAUUGGAUUGAUAGCAAUCCAGUUUUAAUUUCCACAUAUGAUGACUUUACAGGUUCAUAACCUUUGCUAUUGUUUAGUAACAUUCUUGCUUGUCACCAGUGUGUUUAUUUUUUUAAAAAGAAAGAUGUCAGAAAAUGAAAUUAGAUCUACUGCCAUAACUGAUUAUGAUACUUUGCAACUUUCAGUUCUCAUAUGUCUUAGGUAUGACCCCCUCAUACCAAAUCAUUUUUUGAAAUGCUGCUUAGCUCAUUGACAUAGUUUAUACACUUUGAAAUACUAUGCUGUUGGCAACAUAUAUGUCAAAACUACUGAUCAUCUGAAUUAUGUAAUCUUUGUGGAAUUUCGCUAUGGCAGAAACCUUAUUUCUCAAUCACUGCUAUGGAUGGGGUUCCAAGCCCUUGAAUGCUGUACUUCAGAGAAUUGUAUUUACAUGAAUCGGGGUUGUUUGAGAGUAGUAAUGGUGGAAAUUGCACUAGCUGAGGCAUUAAUGCUAAACAGGGUUCAUUGCUUUGCUCACCACCAAACCCAGUGUUUCUAAAAAAAGUGGCUGUAUAUUUAAAAGUACAUAGUAUAAAUAUAUUUCUUGGUACUACAGAGGUAUUUUUUGCUAUUUUUGUAUAUAUUGCCAUGGGGUAGUCGGAGUAAAGAAAAAUGAUUGGAGAUAAUGAGUGCUAGGCAACAAAUUAGUUGCCCUAGUGCAGGGAUUAGCCCUAGCACUGUGGGUUUUACCCUUUCCCCCCAUGCAGUUCCUAAAUCUGCUCCAGAGGGUUGGGGGAACUCCUGGAACCUAUCUAAGGGGUGUGCUAGAGGAUGACGGGGACAACAUUCUGCUGCACAGGGAGAAAUCCUUGCAGGAGUAGAACAGUCACCUUAGAACUGUGUUGCAUACAACCGUCUGAAUUGCUUGGCCUAGAACAUAUACGGGCUUACAGCAGAGGUUUCCAAACUGUGUGUCGUGACAAGUUAGUGUGUCAGCGGCAGUGUGUAGUUGUGUCGCACAGACACUCCCCGCAUUCCUCCCAGGGCUGGAAAGGGAGUGGGCAGCCCGCCGGUUUGCUAGUAAAAGUGAAUUACAAUGUUGCGAAACUGUGCAACUGUCUAAAAAGUAUGUCACCAACAUGAAAAGUUUGGAAAGCUCUGGCUUAUAGCCUAAACAAGUUCAUGUAUAUUUAUGGGAAGUAUUGGGGUUUUUUACACAGAUAUUUUAUGAAGAUUUCUGAAGUUGAUAGUAUUUUGUAGCAAAUGAGGCACCGAUUUUUCUGUCAUUUUAACAAGGUAUAAGCAAACUAGGACCUCUGAUUUUCAGGGUCUUAUAUUAAGGCAGAGCUUAGUGCACCUCUUGUUUUCCCCCCCUUGAAACCACUAUCGGACUAAACAUAAAAGUGUGAUGCUCAGCAGCUUCUCUUCUCUCAUCCUCCACUUCCCACUCCAUGGUUUCCUGUGGCUUCAAAUACAUUUAGAGCAGAAGUAUGUUAUGAGGUAUUGCACUGUUUUUACAGAUAUAUGUAAUUCAGCCUUUUGGUGCAAUUUGAAGGUGAAGACUGGUGUGGGGGUGGGAAUUUACCCUUUCCCCUUUCCUCCCUACUCCCAAUUAAAAAUGCUGCUUGUGUUAUUUACCUUUUCCAUAGUGGGAGUCAAGGCGGUUUUCCUCAAGGGGGGGGGGAGGGUUGAUGCUGUUCUCCACUCCAGAAUUCCACUUCAGAGGGCAUCCUGAGUGGCUGAAUUGUGUGAAAAGAAAGGAAGAAUAAUGAAGCUGCACAUGACAUGUAGUUCUAUCCUUGGAUUCAAAUGCUAAUGACACGAGGGAGUAAGUGGGACUGGCUUCCCACUGCUUGUGUUUGGAGUUUAUAUGAAUAUCACUGAAAUCUGGGCCAUCCUGGAUGUUAUAUGUGUGUGUGAGAGAGAACUGGAAUAAUUAGUGCUUAUUGUUGGGACACAAGGUUGAAGACACUGAUACUUGGCAGUCAAAAACUGCCACCCUGCAACCAACAUGGAAUAAAGUGGUAGAAAUCUGGACUCUGUCGCAGUUGUCUUUUUAAGAAAAAUGUCACAAGUAAAGCAACCGUGAGGCUUCUUUCUACCCCCCUAACAUAUUUUUGGAUUUCACUGUAGCUGUUACUAGAUUGGAGAUUUAGGAGCGGGUGAGAUUAAAACAUUGCAUUCUGACAGGGGGUCCGAUGGUCAAGAAGGCAGUUUCUGCACAUCCUGUGCGGAGGGAAAGAGGGGCAGAUGGGGCUCAUCAACCUGGUGAGGUAGCCCAUCUAGGAGAAGGAAAACUGAUCCUAAACCUUCACUGCCUUGUGGCUAUACUCACUCGUGAAAAAGGCUUUAGAAGUAACCCCCGAGGAAAAAUCCCUUGUGGGACACCUUCAGGAAAUGAAAAGUCUAAGGGGUAAAUGGCUCACAAAUCCGGAGUAGAGCUCCUAAGACAGUUGGAUGGCACCUUGUAUACCACCUCCUGACAACUCCUGCAGCCAAGCUGGUGCCACAUGUAUCGCUCGGCUUUCCUUUGGACCACAUAAGCCAGGCUAGGGGGUGGGUAUUGUUGUCUGGGCAGUCCAGGACCUCAAUGCACACUGCCCAGGCUUGCACCCCAGUGCAGCACCUUCAGUGCUGCUAAUGCUGCAAAAGCAAUUUGGGGGGCAGAGCAGUUAUGAGUUUCCAGUCUUUGCAACCACAGCAGGCACUGAUUCUCCAAUGGUUUGACUUCAGCCCCAGGCAGGUCCGUGCAGAAGGCGACAGGCAGUUGGGUACACUUGCCCUGGGCCUCGGAGGGCUAAGCCAGCCAGCAGACCCCACCAUGGACCGACUGCUUUUUUGUUUGAGUUUUAACUUUGUUCUAACAAGACUCCCACCCUGGGUGUCAGAAAAGCGCUGCAUGCGCCUGGCCCCAGAGACGCACUCCAUUGUUUCCUGAGACAGACAGAUGCCACCAACAACUUAUUUGGGGUGUGUGUGUGUGCAUGAACUUGAGAUUACUUCAGAAGCCCAGCCUCGCACCCGUGUGGACUGGCACACAAUCAGGUGAUAGGAAAACAUUUUGCCUUGUUAUAGUUUCAAGGUACACCUUACAAUUGCAGUAAUUGGAAAUGUAAUGACACUAUUGUAGCUCUGAGCAUUUGACAGCACUGCGCUAUUUUUUCCUGUGGAGUUAAUUAGUCUCUUCUUUGAUUAAAAAGACCCUAUGAGACGUUACCGGGGGCUUGGAAUUCUUAGGUUUAUUUCUGCCCAGGGCUGUGUGCAUGUAGUUGUUCGAUGGAUUCCCCCCCAGUGGGAAUUCUCAUGUGUACCUUACAACAGGGCUUAAUUGGAGCUUAGAUACACAUUUGCACUUUGUCAGUUCUGUCAGCACAAGCAUUUCAGUUUGCCUGAAAGAACGACCCCAUUCAACCUCCUGCAUGCUGUUCUGGGGGUUGUCCAGUCCUGAUUUGAGGUGGGGGUGCAGGGGAAGGGGGCAAAGUCCCACUGUGUUCUGGCACCUGCUAGCACACCUACAUAGUUUAACCCAGCCCAGGGUUUCCUAUACAUUGAAAACCCAACCUGAUGAUACGCUGGAUUCAUUUGCACCAAGCUUUUUCAAGCUGCAGGCUUUUGCUUCCAUUUGGACUUCAGUAGUAAAGUAUUCUCUGCCACCCACACUGGCAUGUUUGUUAAUUAUUACUGUUUCUCUCAGCCAUAGGCCCAGAAAGAGAGCUGGGGCUGUCCCAUUGUACAGCAUAAGGGAGUAUAGGCAAUGCUCUUUCAGAAUAGCAGCAGAAGGCCUGGAUGGAAAGCAUUUCAAGUGGGUUGUACUGUAAAUCCAAUGGAAGCACAAUGUGCCUGCUAAGUGUAUAAAGCUAAACUAUCCCACUAUGCAUAUACCUCUAACUGUCUUUUUUAAGCUGCCUUGGGAGGUCUCUGAACUGAAAGGCAGCAUAUUAGUACUUUAAAUAAACAACCAGGGUAUUUUAAAUAAUUAUAUCUGCCUAACAGGACGGAAGUUAGUAACACCCUGUUCCUAAAUACCUUUCAAGCAACCCAGGCAAAUGAAAACUUCAAUAAGCUACUUUGGGGGAACCCCGCAAUAAUUUAACAACAAACUAAUUUUGAUGAAAUAAAAAAAAUCUACCCAAGUGGAAGUGCAUCCAGUUGUGAAAUGCCACCGUACAUGCUUCCACCUUGAAACAUUUUGAUACGUUUGUCAAUUCUAAGUCAAAACUGUGUCUUGGUACUUGGUGCAGAAUUAUAAUAAAGGCAUUGGUGCAUACUUCCUCAAUCAAGUAAAUUGCCCUUUCUGAUUUUGAGUUUCUCCAAUCUCCUUAAGAGAUCCACAAAUCACUUAAGUUUACCUGCUGUUAAGAUUAGUUUUGUGGGAUCAGCAGCACUAAGCUACUUUAAGAUAGAAGUAUGCUGAAUUUCAGCCAGAAUAAAGUAGGAUUUCAUGUUGCAGAAUAUGCCCUUCAUGCAGGUAGGAUGGAAUAAUUGAGAAUAAAUUUUUUGGGUUUUAAGUUAUGUAAUGUUACCUGUAUGUUACUGAGAGAGAGAAAGGACAGACCACUUCUUACUGUUUUUAAAGAGUUGACUACUUUUGUACCUAUUGCAUUCAGAUUUCAAGAUGCUUGGAUUUAGCCAACUACUGCCCUUAAUAGCAUUACAUUGAUCUGAGGCAUCAUAUGAUGAGGAGCGGCUCAAUGCAAUCUUUCAUUCAUGCUGAGAGCCCGUGUGUGUGUGUAAAUCUUCGGAAUGACAGCUUUGCUCUCAUAAGCAGUGGCUUUUUGAGCGCAUUCACAUUAAGUAGGUCUCAAAGUCAUUACUCUUGGGGAUGGGGGUUAAGCACUUAAAAAGAAAAAGCUGCUUUAUGAUUUUCCUAGUUGCUAAGCCAAAUGAAAGUCCUCAUGUGAUUUUUGUUGUUCUUGUUUCAACUUAAGAGAAUGAAAGACAACUUGUUUCUAAACUUACAAGGUUAUUCUUUUGUGGUAUAAUGCUGUUUCUCUCCACAUGAUUUAAAAAUUUACAUUGUGCAUUCAAAUUUUUUUAUUAUUAGACUUUACCCAUUUUAUUUUUGUACCUACUCUCCAUGAAAAAUUCAGCAAAUAAGCAGCAAGAACUAUGCAGAAAAAUAUUUUUUUUGUAAUGCUAUCAGGUAUAAUAAUUCUUUCUUUGAAACAGCUUUGUGUAAUUGGGUUACAGGAAUUGCCAGCUUUUGGGGGCCCAUGAUCACAUUUUGGAAUCAAUAUUUUGCUGAAGGUGCUGUCACAAAAUGGUUGCCGAUGUGGGCAUGGUCAAAUGCACCCAAACUUUAGCCCUCUUCCUCUCUCCCAAGACACACAAACCAGCCUCAGAGAGAAGAGGAACAAAUCCCCAUUCCCAGAGGGGACAUGCUCCACUUCUUUCCUUGCUGCCUCUGCUUCCCACAAAUUUAUGUUUUCCUCUCUGUCCUUUUGAAAACAUUUUCUACAGGGCACUCUCCCUCCUUCCAGCUUGGGUGCAGAAGUUAGCCUGGGGGAAAAUGCAUAGAGAGAGAAAGUGGGAAUUAUGCAAAUCCUACUCCUUUGAUCAGUUCUAUGUGCUGUUUAUGGAGUAGCUGCUCCCUUCUGCAUCUGAUGGAGGGGAGAAAAAAAUGUUGGGGAAGCACAAGAAGCUUUGGAGUUGCUGGGGGAAGUCAGGAUAGGUGCAAUUAAUCCCCCUGGCAUUAGGUUGGUGAUUCCUGAGUUAACAGUUAUCUACCUCAUUGGUAAGAAAACCAACUGAUGAAGAAUGUCACAGAUGAGUAUUGGUCUUGCAAAAAACAUAGUCAAAAUAUUGGUGUCUUACCACACAAAGUUCCCUUGUGUUUAAUCUUGUGAUUAACGGUGAUGAAAGUAUGGUUUUUCCACUGUGUGUACACAAAGUGGGUACACAUGCAUUGAUUGGGUACACUCCAGUCACUGCGUGGAACAGGGAUGGGAAAACUCUGGCGGAUGGGUGUUGUAGUUCCAUAUCAUUGGCCAUGCUAGCUGGGGCUUUAUUAGUCAUUUAUAUCCUUUUCAGGAUACAGAUCUUCCCAGCUGAUGGGAGCUGAAGUCCAACAUCUCCUGGUGUAAGGGAGAAGUAAGGGGUGGUACGAUGCGGCUCUCAGCUGUACUAACUUCAUUUACAGUUUCUGUCUGACAUGUGCCCAGGCUACUGCCUUACUGGCGUAGAUAAAAGGUUGAGUGUAGUUGUAAAUUUGAAACUCACUGUGGGAAGUGACCGUAGCACAGAGCAGGGAAUCCUGGUGAUGGAGAGUCACCUGCACUUCAUAAUUUACAACUGCAUUACUGUUUGGUGGGUAUGGUAAGAGGACAUGCAUGUUCUGCCACAGCUGCCUCUGUUAUAUGCAGCAGAUAAUGCAUACAGGAGUGCAUACAGAAAACGGGUUCGCUGUGGCCUUGGCGCAGACGCACACAAUCAUGUCCUGUGCUUAUUGGAUGGGUAUUGAAUCUCAGAAAAAAAUGAAACCAUACAAACAAAUCGGAGAGGAAUAGCCCAGAAUUGUUAAGCCAAAACCACACCCCUCCCCUACAAAACAUUACGCUGUAAACUAGAUAGAAAAUAGAAGAAUUGAUUUGUAAAACUCAUAUAUUUGUUGGUUGCAACCAGACCAACCGUUUCUCAGGGAGGCAGAAAUACGUUGGACUUUUCCCUUAUCAUCUGGUUUAAUAAGGCCCUGCAUAUUGCAAUUUCAUAAAAAUUGACUCGUUUUACACGUGUUUCACGAGACACUACUAAGCCAAUGGAGUAAGCCAAUGAUGUCCAGUAUAGUAAAAAACAAAUUCAUGGCUGGUGUGUUCCCACUAAAUUUGAUUUUAAUUGGCGUUAGCCUUUUCUGCUUCCAUGAAAAUAAUAUUCCAAUUUUCUUGCUUGGAUGAAGACUUUCUAUGUUAUGGUGCAUCACAGAUCUGUAGUGGCCAGUCACCACUUGGUUCUUUGUUUUGUUAUAUUGUAGAAUGUUUUGAUUACGUAAUAAAGUCUUUAAAGAAAA